GCCCCGAAUUCCCUUUGGAAGUAUCUUUGAGCUUGCUUGGCCACCAUGAGCAAAGCUCACCCUCCUGAGUUAAAAAAGUUUAUGGACAAGAAGUUGUCAUUGAAAUUAAAUGGUGGCAGACAUGUCCAAGGAAUAUUACGGGGAUUUGAUCCCUUUAUGAAUCUUGUGAUAGAUGAAUGUGUGGAGAUGGCAACUGGUGGGCAACAGAACAAUAUUGGAAUGGUGGCAAUACAAGGAAAUAGCAUCAUCAUGUUAGAAGCCUUGGAACGAGUAUGAAGAAGGCUGUAGUCACCAGAGAAAUCAACUGCUCCCACACGUCCCCUCUCCACAGCACCUGUUUUAAUACAAUAUAAAAAUAGAGUCCAGUCCAUUUUUACAUGGAACUUUUGUUAAAUAAACUUUUGUAUUGGUCAAAAAAAAAAAAAAAAA